CACGGAUAGGCGGCACUGAUAGGCAGCACUAAUGAGUUGUCACGGAUAGGUGGCACUGAUAUGCGGCACUGAUUGGUGGCACUGAUAGGCGACACUGAUAAUGGGUACUGAUAGACAGCACUGAUAGUUGGCACUGACUGACAUCACUGCUGGGCACUGACUGGCGGCACUGCUGGGCACUGACUGGCAUAACCACUGGGCACUGACUGGUGGCACUGACUGGCAGCAAUGCUGGGCUGCACUGAUGGGCACUGGUGGGUGGCACUGGUGGGCACAGGUGGGCGCACUGCUGGGCACAGGUGGGUGCAUUGCUGGGCACAGGUGGGUGCACUGCUGGGCACAGGUGGGUGCAUUGCUGGGCACAGGUGGGCGCACUGCUGGGCACAGGUGGGCGGAACUUGUGUGUGGCACUACUGGGCACUGAUCAUCAGGGCACUGGUGAUCAGUGACCCUGAUGAUCGGUGCCAAUCCCCGCUCUGACAACUGCCGGUUUUCGGCAGUACUUUCCUCACGAUCUGACAGUGUGAGGAAAGUGCAGCCGAGAACCGGCAUUUGCAU